AUGGCUUCUGCCGUCGACAUAAUAACGUACGUCGGCAUCCCCCUAGCCGUUCUAGGCGUCCUCCCAACCAUCUACACAGCAUGGAAAUCGUUCUUGACGCUUCGUCAAGUCACACGAAUGCUACACAGCAAUGGUGUCACGGCCAUUACGCGUUCGGCGCUUCUGUCCGGUAUAGUGGAGGUAGAGAUUCCAAGGAGGAGCAUUAUCCCACUGGAUCGUAGUGAUCCGAAGUACUUCAGCUUGCGAGAGACGCCGAGCCGUUUGAAGGGUGGGACUUGGACGCUGUUUGAAUGGAAAGAGAUGGUGAUUGGGGUGAAGAGCUAUAGGUUGCAGUAUCACGACGAAUUGGCACAGCCGCAAGCUGAGAUUGACUUUGAGGCACUAAUCGCGUUCCUACUGGACCGAGGCGCGGUGCCUAGCCAUGCGGGAUGGGCGGAUUUGAGGGGCGCAGGACUAUGGACAGUCGCAGGUACGAAGCUACUCGUCAGCCCGGUUGGCGAGGAGGAAGUUUUGAGUGUGGCAUUUAGCGAUGACAGCGACGGUAUCCUCAGCCUAAAUCUGAACUGGAAGAAGGAAUGGGAUAAUAGAGGACGAGACAGUCUGCCACCUUAUUGGGUUAGAGUUAAAGCACCGAAUGGAGAGGACGAUUUGCUAGCGAGAGUGAACGAAAUAGAAGAGGCUAGCAGAGCAGAUGGCACUACGGAAGAAAAGAAAGGCGCGUUCUUGGAUGAUGCGAGCGCUGUGAGCGAAGACAUUAAGCUGCAGUGUUCAAUCCGCGUCAGGAUAUCUACUGCAGGUAUCCAGGAAUCCUACUAUGACGACGAGUCGAGACGAAAACUCCAACUACACCACCUCCGCCCUGCUCCACCAUCUUCAUCAUCAGCUUCAACAGCAGGUUUCUGGUUCUGCUGCGCAGCCACGGCCUUCCAAGCACCCCAAGGCGGCCUCUGGUCCUUCUGCAUCCCCCAAGACGUCCUCGCUCUAGCCCGACGCUCCACGGUCCCUUGCGGUAUCAUGGUCCUCCUCGACACGAUGAGCGAUGAAGAAGUCCCCGCAUGGCGCACCCCGUACAAUGACCAAGCCGAGCGCCUCGAACGGCAACUCAAAGCCCAGCAACAAAGCCACGUGCUGCUAGAAGAAGGGCGGCUCCCCCCUACACAGAGGGAUGCAGCAAGAAGAGACAGAUUGCAGAGAGAAGCCAUGGAGUUCCACCACGACUUCAGGAGACGGAUGCUGGUCCAGGAGGAAAGAAGAGAGGCGGAGUUGUUGGAGGCGAUUCAGAGCCAGAAAUUGCCCAUUGGAGUCGUUGCGGGUGCUAACUUGAAGUUUCUUAAGAAGCAACUAAGACUCAGCUCCGUGCCCACGCUGGCCUCGGUUGUGGAGCAUAUUCUGUACGGCAUGCUCCAGGACAAAGCCUUCGCUCAGCGGCUCAGUGUCAUGCUUGAACUAUGGAAGAAUUGGGCACAAUCAGGGGGAAUGACAAAGAGUCAUUACUUGGCUGUGAAGGAAGAUCAUGUCACGUUUGCGUUGGCGAGCUGCUUGCUGGCCGUCAUGCGCGACAUGGUCAGCGAGCCUUCGGGAAGCGUGGUAGGUGAUUUACAAGAGUGUCUAAGGAUGUGGAAGAAAGUCAGGCUCGGGUGA